AUGUCUGCUCGAUCCAAAAAACAAAAAGCUCCAGACGCUGAGAAAAAUGAAGGCAGUCCAACAUCCUCCUUUUCAAGAUCUGUUACCAUAGAGCGUAGUCAUACAUCAUCGUCAGGUGGAACACCUCGUAAAAGCUAUUCACGUAAUGAACGAUCUAGCAGUCCGUUAACUAUUAGUCGAUCUGAAGAAAAAGAUGAACUUGCCCAUCUGAAUGAUCGUCUAGCCGGUUAUAUUGACUAUGUUCGAAAAUUAGAACUUGACAAACAAAAACUUACACGUCGUAUACAAACUGUAACCGAAGAGCGUAUGAGUAAAGUUGAAGAAGCUAGAAAGACCUAUGAAGAUGAGAUUACAGCGCUUAGAAAUUUAGUUGAUGAUUUAGCUAAACAAAAAUCUAAAGCAGAACUUGAUGCAAAACAAUUAAGAGAUGAGUUGAAUGAUAUGAAAUCGAAGGCGAAUAAAAGAGAAUUAGAAAAUCGUAAUUUACAAAGAAAAGUGGAGACUCUUGAAAGAGAAUUAAGUAAAUACAAACAAGAUCAUGAUGCCUAUCAGCCACUUCUUAGUGACUAUCAUGUUCUAGAGAAAAGAUUUGAAGAGAUGAAACGAGAUUUAGAAGCGGAGACUUUACUACGCACUGAUUUAGAAAAUAAAAUUCUUGGACUUAAAGAACAAUUGGAUUUCCGUUCUCGUCUAUUCGAUGAAGAACGUGAAAAAUUAGUUGAACAUAGUAUGUAUAUUGAGGAGGAGGUUGAAGGCCGAAAACAAGCAGAAUACGAAAGUCGGUUGGCCGAUGAACUUAGAUCAAUUCGUGAUCAGACAGCAAGUGAAUUAGAAGAGUAUAAGAUACAAAUGGAAGAAACAUUUGAGAACAAGCUUGGACAGCUGAAAUCAUCCGCGAAUUUCAGUGCUGAAGAUGCUUCUCGUCAACGAACUGAACUGUUGAUCGCUCGUAAGAGAGCCGAUGAUCUUGCUCAUGAUUUGUCCAAAAAAAUUGCUGAACUCGAUCUACUUCAACGAAGAGUUGCUGAUCUCGAACGACAAUUGGCUGAUGAAAGACGUGACUUCGAAUCUCAGCUACUUUUCCAACGUCAAGAGGUAAAUCGAUUGAAAGAAGAACUAGAGGAGAGUUUCCGUGAAUUUACUGAUCUUAUGAAUACGAAAAUUGCAUUGGAUCAAGAAAUACUAAUGUAUCGAAAAAUGUUAGAGGGUGAAGAAUCCAGGCUUAACUUGACACCAGCUCCACGAGAUUCACCAUUCAAUAUUCAACCUGGUAGUAAACGCAGGCGUACUGACGCAGACUUUGAUGGAGAUGAAUCGGCUGCCAAUUUAACCGGGACAAGCUUCACACCAUCUCGGUCACGAUUCGCUUAUCGUGUGGCAUGCACUGCACAUGGGCCUGUGGAAUUCUUUAAAGAACAGGAUAGUCAUGGAAAAUGGAUAAAGAUACAUAAUACGUCGACUGAUGAAGUAACCAUGGGCAACUGGGAACUUGUUCAUGAAGCUGAUGGACAUGAAACUCGUCACAAAUUCUCUCGAUCAUUCGCUUUAAAACCUGGUGCAGCAUGCACAUUUAACCGCUAUCCAAACGACCUACGGGAACACGAGUUCCAACCAGUGUGGCAAACCCGACUACCAUGUCAUGAAGUGUGACAAAGUUCUAUGUUGAAAGGUAAUCAGUCUUUUAGUUAGUUUUUCAGAAAAUGAACAUUCUUCAGUCUUAAAACAUUCUUAAAUAGAAUAAAGAUUCGACAAAUCUACACCCAGAGUUGUUGUUAAAUUCUGAAAAAUUAUACAUUUACUUGUUGUAGAUAAUUAUAUGGUUUGUCGUACUAUUGUGAGGACAUAAAUAUAAGCCCAUUUACUUGAUUGGUGUCUUGCAGUAGGAUCCAGGGCGUCAGUCUCGUGCUAUUGAAAACUCAACUGACUCACUGAGUUUCAAACAUUGAAGUUUUCAGUAAAGUGCAGAAGUUCAAGUGUUGCCACACUUCACAAGAGUGCAUCUGCUACGUUGAGAAACGAUUUUGAAUCAUGUCACCAAUAAUCUCGAAUUAUUGCUUCUCGGUGUGUGUGUGUGUCAACACCUCCAUAACGUGACCUAAAGCAACAAUCACGGACUUAGGUUGAUAGAUUGAUGCCAUUAUUUUGAUCGGUCCACCUCUAACACUCCUACAGUCCCAUCCUAUGUCAGGUAGCAUUGCUCCAAGACUUAUCCCCUGGAUAUAUCUUCCCAAUGAGACCCGAAACUUACCACCCAGAGCGUUAUAAAAGUCACACCCUAAGUGAAAAGGUUUUAACUAACUCGUUUUUAAACUUGAACAAAGCAAGAACAACAAUUGUACCAGAGGAUAAUAUGAGCUCAUCUUUUAUUAUUAUUUCGAGGAUUCUUCUCAACUGGUUACAACCUGAACGUUAAAAAAGCAUAUGAAUU